AUGUCGCUCAAGCCAGUUCAUAUCACGCAAGGGCCGUUCUUCUACCCCGUCGGCAACACUCCAGCUGUGUGCUUGACCCAAUCCCUACCGCGCGAACAAGAUGCCGCCCUGCUACUACUCGGUUGUGGGGAUAUCCGAAACAUCCUCUUCACUGCUUAUAGUGGAGCUGGAGCUGACGACAGGAAGCUUGACUUCACAUGCUGCGACAUUGAAGCGGAGAUCAUUGCGCGCAACGUACUCGCCCUGACACUCAUCCUUGACGACACGAAAGGCACCCGCGUACGACAGCUAUGGAACCUAUACUAUCACAUCUUUAUUGAUGGCGAAUCCGCUGGUGUUCUGCGCUCUCAGUCGAAAAAGCUGUUGGAGCUUGCGCAGUCGUUGAAAAGCUGGAAUGAAGGUCCAUAUGGCAUGAUCAUUCGAUUCUGUGACAGCAUCACACUGGAAAACGUUACUAAGCUUUGGGCGCUGUAUGCGUUGGAACCAGUUCAAGACGAGACGUACAAGGUGACACAAGAUAUGCUGAAAGAUCAAUGGCAGGUUGCCAAGCAGGUGCAGGCCCUCAAGACGUCUGGGGCGGCGUUCGUGGGAGACGGCAUUCGCGCAUUCGCCCCGCUCUUGACCCAAGGCUUCGAAGAGGCUGACAAAGCUUAUAAGACAUAUUGGAAGAGUGGUACAUGUUUGGAGGACAACAAGGUCACCAAGAACCUCUCGAUCGCCAAUCCUAUGUUCAUCUGCCAUCGCAGUGGCCUCGUGCUCCACUACGGUACUAGCCCGCUCACCGGCUUCCACCUUGCGCCCAUGUAUGCUCGACUCGCCGCGGACUCACCCUUGUUCGUAUCAAGUGAGACGACAAAGGGAAAGCUGCCAAAGCCCAUGCAGAUAGCGCUCGACCAGCUAUCUGCCUGGUGCUUUGCUUUCAGGAAAGCCUCCACGCGUCUCACCAUUCGAUAUGUUAACUCUGACGCUGUCGCGUUCUGUCAUGUUAUCCAACAUCAACAAGCACACGGCGAAUCACGCACAGCUUGUUGGUAUCGCAACGUAUGGACAUACACCCCACUGGUUUUAGACGCGCCUGAAUACGAGCAGGGCGGAUCUGCACCGGCAACCUUCGAUGUUAUUGACACAUCUAAUCUGCUCGACUUUGUGGGCUGUCUCAACAUUCUUACAGCAUCUGCAUCGUUGAUUCGCCAAAACGCCUCGUCCAUCCUCCGGACAGAAAUGCUCAUACCCUCUGAAAUCGGCAUGGCAGCUUCAGCCAGCGCUUUGCUUUGUGGACACCUUCCAACAAUCGCUCUACUACUCGGUCUAAAGCCCGUUCAAUACUGGACAAAUGCGACCUCCGUUUGGCACCUGAACGCCGCCAACUCCCCCGACUUGAACAAGAACAGAAUAUUCACUGCAGCCACUUCUAGACCCAUUGUACUUUGGAAGCCGUUCGAUACUUCUAAAAUUCGUUACGACGCAGCUGAGCUAGCUAGACUGCUUAUGUCUAUGUAUCUGAACAUGUUCCAGGAUGAAGGAUGGGCCAAUCAGUUCUCGAUCCCGGGCCUAGUCAAUGCAGAAUUAAAGAAGAAGAAGAAGCUUACCGCAUACGAACUGUACACUCGAGCAAGCUUCGUGUCGCUGCUUCAACACAUCAAGGUAUCAAACGUCGUUGACUGGUCUCCAUUUAUGCAUGCUCUGGUCGAAGUAGGCAUCAUGAACGACACAACCUUGAACAUGGGUCCACACCACUUGCAGUCUCUUCUUGUCUACCUUGACAUGCUCGGGGUAUGGAAGGUAGAAGAUUCUUUUGAGUGGUGGCAUCCACGAACCUUCAAAUUGGGCGGUCCGUUCCGCAAAUGGGAGGACAUCCCUACACUUAUGUGCGUUACAUUUGUCGUUCCUCACGACAAGGUCUCGAUGUUCGGAGACCUUGCCAACGGCCACGGUACUCCGUUAUGCCAGCUCCAGCUCAACUCGUCGAUCAGUCCGAAAGAGGCUCUCUACACGGACAUACAGAUGGGUUUUGGAACGAUCGAGACUUCUGGUUCGGCGUUCACGAAUGACUAUCGAGUAACGGUCCGAGAAGAUGACAAGGGCUGGAAGGGAAAGUCGCCAUUGAUCGUAUCCACUAUAGUCUCCACGUGCACCCUCACCGAAGAGGAGGAUGAUGCUUGUGGCAUUACCUUUGGGCUCAAGAGUACUCCAACAGCUCAGCUGCAGUUUAUGUCCAUAUUUGGCAUGCUUCUGCAUGUGCACCGAUCUGCUGUCGGCCAAAAAGACGUCUUUGCCUCGAGAUAUCGGCCAGACUUUCAAGGAUUCGUUUCCGUGAACAAGGUUGCCACGUCCAAGGUGACUGAUGGUAGGUCGGACAUCUCUACGAUCACGGCUUUUGCUAACAUGGGUCUAGUGACUGAUGUCAUCGCUACCAUACAUCCGUUCGUCAGUAGCAACAGGAACGAAGUCGAAUCACUGCGAGUACAUUACUCUGUAAACUUAGGAAAAGCAAAGGAGCUUCUGCAAAGUGGAGCCAUUGUCGGGUUCGAGACUACGACGGCAUUCACACUAAGGCUCUCCAUUGGGAAGACGUAUCAAAUGGAUGUAGUACUUCCAUUCCCACCAAAUGUGGCCAGUGCCAAGACCAAGAUCGCACGCAAAUCACUAUGGAUAGAGUACACGGCUGCCGUGCAGAGUGGAGCAGCAAUCCUUCUGCGCCCAGAUACCAUGAUGCCCGUCCAUCUUAAUGCGCAGUAA